GAAACACGAGAGUGUUGCUGAAAAGCGUUCGCUGGACGUCAAAGCAUUCCAGUGCUCCGUAAAUACAAUCGCGAUAGUUUGUCCAGGAAGGGGAGAUAAAGUAAAUUGGGAGAUAAAUGCGGGUGAACGAGGACAGAAAAGGCGGGGCAAGAUGCGUAAGAUAUGGGUAAAGAAGGUGAGCAUCCACAAGACGCCUCUCUACAAGCAAAAACUGCGAGUCGCAUUCUUCACCGUGGCCGUGAUUUCCUGCUACUACAUCGUCUACCAGGUCUUCUUCAUAUCCGAACUGCUGGAGGAAAGCAGCAAGAGAGUCGUGCGGCCUAGUCAGAGCCCACCGGGUGUGUCUGGCUGGCUGCCCAGUCGCGACGUCCAGAAGACGGUCAUUCGAGGAAUUCGCUCAAUGGACGCACACUUCUACCUGCCCAGCGAGCGCGGCACGUUCCGGUGCAUCUCCAGUGGCCAGGAGAUCUCCUUCGCUAAGGUCAACGAUGACUACUGCGACUGCGAGUCGGAUGGCAGCGACGAGCCUUCGACGAACGCCUGCUCGCGGGGCACGUUCUACUGCGAGACGCCGCAGGUGCACCUAUCCGGGAAGGCCUACAACCACGUCAUUCCCAGCAGCCGCAUAAAUGACGGCGUGUGCGACUGCUGCGACGGAUCCGACGAGUGGGCGUCCGGACGACAGCUGCCCUGUCCGCUCUCCUGUUCCUGAGCUCUUCCGGGCCGUGGCAACUUCCGAUGGUUCCAUGCUCAUCAUGCACAGUGGUCUCUGAGAGCGCACAGGAAAGACACGGACGGGAGAUUCCAAAGAAAAUCUCGGCGGGACUUUGUCUCAAAUAUUAAUAAGAAGAUUGAAAUUGUGAAGAAACUGAUAAGAUAGUCAUAUUGUUUAUUAAACACAGUGAUUUUUUCGGA